AUGAAUUAAAGAUCUUAAUAAUUUUAAAAUAUAUAACCCCUUAAGAGACCUACUAAUAGCUAGAGUGAUGAAGUAGAUAUAUAAGCUUUUAGUGCAUAGCUUUCAUAUGAAUAAAAAGAGAAUAAUAAGCUGCUAACAUCUAAAUUCGGUGAUAAAUAUGUUAAAGCAGAGAAAAGAAAUUAUACUGCUUUUGGCUGGAACAUGCGCAUUAUUUCAAUAAGGAAAAAUUAUUUUGAAUACUACAAAAUAGAUGAAAAAUACAAAGAAAUAGAUAUUUAAUAAUUGAAAAAGCAAGAAGAAGAUAGUUUGAGAUAAUAAAAUGGUUAAAUGCAGCCUCAAUAAAAACAAAAUGUUGAUGAUGAUGAAGAAAAAAUGGAAAUCUUACCUGAAUCGUUAAAAGAGAAAAAAAUGAUCAUUUUGAAGGGUAAAAUAUUAAUAACAGAUAUUACUCGUGUUUAAUGGCCUAGUGAUGAAUAAGCAGAAGAUCCUAAGCAAAAUCUUAUUUUAUAUUUUCCUAAAAAUAAAAUGAAGCUUUAUGAGAAGGGAUAAGAAAUAACUUCAAAUAAAAAAGAAAAAGGUGAAGCUUUUUGGAUGUUUAGGAUUGGAAAUUUUAUGAGAGAUGAUCACAAAGAAAGAAUUGAAAGAGAAAAAAGGCUUGAAGAGGAAAGAAAGAAAAGGGAAAGAAAGAAAUAGGAUGAAGAAGAGAAAAAAAAGAAGGAGGAAGAGAAUAAAAAUAAGACUCCUGAAUAGUAAGAAGAAGAGAAAAAAAGGGAGGAACUUCUUGCUUAGGAAAAUAUUAAAUAAGAGUAAGAGGCUAAUUAGAAAGAAGAGGUGAAUAAAAAAGAUAGAGAAACGACCUAGCUAGCUUAAGAAGAAAACUAAAAAACUAAAGAAAAAGUUGAUAUCACCACUAUAAAGAGAGAUGAAAAGCUGCUUUAAGAAGCGAGGAAACAGUUUGAGUAUUCAUUUGAAUACUACUAUAACUUACUUUAAAAAGAAUAGUUUUAGGUAUCUGAAGCGAAAUAUGAUAAAAGAGAUGGUGAGUAAUACUUUCUUUAAGCAUAAUUUGAGUAAUUAAGAUAGAAAUAAAGAAAAGAAUAAAGCGAAAAAAAUGCUAUUUAACAGAACCCUGCUAACUUAAAAACAAAUUUUACAAUAGAUGAUGUAGUUAUGCAAAUAAAUAUGAAAUUGAUCGAACUAAUAGGCCAUUUCAGAAGAAAAUGCAGCAGCACUUUUAAGAGCUUAAUAUAAAAUAUGGUUUAUCCUUCUUAUCUAUAAAAGCAUAAGAAAAUAGAGCCAAACAAUAAGUAAUAUAAUAAUUGGCUAUGGCUAAAAGAAGAAGGAGAAGACAUGUAUAUAAUAAACAAUAUAAUUUUUAGAGUAGCUAAAUUUCACUAUUACAAAGAUGACAGUGAUGGCUCAAAUGGAAUAGUGUUUAAUGAUUAUGUAGUUAAAAGUAUGAAUAAUGAAUUCAGAGCUAAUAAAGUUUUAUCUGACAUAAUAUUUAAUCUAAAAGGUGACUACAACAUUAAAUUAUAGGUACCCUUGACUUGUAUAGUAGAAUAUUUAGGGUUUAGGGCUAUUUGUAUAGCGAUGCCAUCUAUUAAAAACAUAGAACCAGUUCAUGGUCCUAAUUUUUAUAACGAAGCAAAAGCUUAAUAAAAAAAAUAAAAGCAAAUAGAAAAUAAUAUUCCAUCAUAUCUAAAUUUAGAUAAAAAUGUUGUAUAUAAAGAAGAACCUAAUAUUGAAAAAGACUUAAUCAUUUUAUCAAAGGUUUUAAACCUGAAACAAUUUACUUUUAAAUCUAAAGAGCAAAUAAUAGAAAAUUAAAAUGAUAAGAAAAAGAAGAACGAAUAAAAUAUCACUUAUAAGGACAUUUAAAUUUAUCUCUCUAUUUUUAAUGAGAUAUACGAAAAAGGUGAUACUUAGCAGCACUUAGAAACGCUAAUAAGAUUACAAGUUCUCCUGAAGAAUUUAGAAAUAGAAAAUAUGAGUGAGUUAAGGGAAGAAAUAAGAGCAUAGCUGAGCAGUUUUGAACAGAAUUGCUCAUUUUCAAAUAUUAAAAAAAUUUUAGAUAGUUAGCUAAAAAAAGAAAAUGGUGAAAUUAAACCAGAAUAAAAAAUAGAAUUUGAAGAUGAUAUUAAAUGGGUAGAACUAAUUGAAGACAUUGUUACUAUUCAUUAAAAAGCUAUUUUAGACAAUAAAAAGAAAAUGAUAAAGCACAAUAAUAAGUAUUAUAUUAUGAAGAAUAGCAAUCUUUUCCCAGUUAUGUUUUAAGGCAAACAAAAGAAUUUUGAUUUCUCGAAACAAUUUAGACCUGAAUUUUUAUAUGACUAUGCUGAGUAAGCAAUCUCGAAUGGAGCUUUUAUCAACCCAACAACAAGAAAUGAAAUAUCUGAAGAUGAGAAACUCUGUGCUGAAUACUCUAAAUCAAUUGUAGAGCUAAUGAUUCCUUAACUUUUACAAAAAUUAGAAAAUCUCUAAUUAAUUAUUUAUGAUUCAAAAUCUAUUUCAGAGGCUUUUCAUAGUCAUGGAAUAAAUUUAAGAUUCAUGGGAUAAGCGUACUAAAUGACUUCAUUUUCGCAUAUAAAAGACAUUCUGCAUAUAGAAAUGAUUGCAAGAUCUAUCAAAAAAAUAUAUCGCUUUUCAAUGUAAAAAGCUAUAGAAAUGUUCUACAAUGAAAAUGAAAGUAUUUUUGAAUUUGAUAAUAAUGGUAAAUCAAGACAGGAAGAUACUGAAGAGAUGCUUGAAGAAAUAAAUUUGAUUAACAUAUAGCCUUUUAUGCUUAAGUUUGAACCUUAAGUAAUAAAAGCUACCAUUGAUUUCUUGAAUCUUAUAUUUGGCUUUAAUCCAAACUUUACAUUUGAAAAAUAAAAAGAUUUCAAAUAAAAAUCUGAUGAAAAAGAAAUCAUCAAAACCGAGGAAUGUAUCCAAUUUUGGAAUUAAUGGGUUGCUCCUUAGGUUUUAGCAGAUUUUAAUCAUGACAUUGGAAAGUUUCCAUAAAAUAUUCCUAGUGCAUAGGGAAGCUUACUAAAUGCUGUUCUUUACCACUUAAGGUUAGGAUUUUAGUAUGACCUAUCAACAAUCUAGCUCUUUAAGUCAACAGAACCAUUUUAAAAAGCAAAGUUAAAUCUUAAUUGUCACUCAAAAGUUUAUGAGUAUCCAUCUCUGCCUAUACAAUAGCUAGCCUAAAAAUGGAAGAUUUAUAGAUAAUAAGGUGGUAGUAAUAGCUUAACUCAGACUUCUCUCCAAUUAAAUUUAAAAAUAGAAGAAGCUCUUAAAGAUAGGAAUAACAUACCUCAUAUCACUUCUAAUGAAUUCAUGAUCUUUACAGAUUUAAUGGAGAAUUCAUACAAAAUAGCAAAUUCACUCUCCAGACAGAAAUCAGACUAUUUUGUAGGUGUAUAGCACUAUUUAUCUUAGGCUAUGAUAUAUGGAGAUAAUGCUAAAGAAGUUGGUAGUUGCUGCACUAUAGGUUAUGCAAAAUUAUACAUUUUAAUGAUGAAAAUUUGUUAAACUAGAAUUAACUACUAUGAAAAAUAAAAAAAAGCAAUAGAAAAAGAAAUGAGAAGCAUAACAAAAAAAAACAAGGAUAAUAAAAUAUCCUUAGAGGAUCUUAUAAAUGAAUGGUCAGCUAUUGAAAGUAAGAGGGAGAUGGCUGAAAUAUUAAAAAAAGAUAAAUAAGAUACAGAUAGAAUUAACAGUGAAAUAAAAAAUCUAACACCAGAGUCUGUUAACUAUUUUUAAAGAGCUUAUUAAGUACUUAAAUUUAAUGUAGGAGACUAUCAUUUUUUGUUUGCAAGUUUAGACUGUUAAUGCAAAGAUAUUUAAAAAUCUAAAGAUCAAACAAAAAAAACCUUAUUACUCAGUGCUUUAACUUGCUGCUAAAGUAUAUUAGGAAAUAAUCAUAUUUAGACUGCAGAAGUAUGCUAAGAUUUAUCAGAAUUUAUAUAUGAAAGUAGUGAUAAGAAGCAAGAAUCAUUGAAUUACUAUGAAAAAGCUUUAUUAAUUUAUGAAUCUGUUUAUGGAAGUCAAUCUCUCAAAGUUGCAACUAUGUGCUAUAAGUUAGGACAUAGGUAUUUCAAGCUAGGACACUAUCAAAAAGUAAUAGAUUAUUGCCAAAGAUCUUAUUCUUAUUUUUCUAAUGAUGAGCUUGUUCACUAUUCAAGCUGUGUCGAGUGUUGUCAUCUAUUAUGCUAAGCUACAGAUCUAUUAAGAAUGAAUGAUAAAUAAAUGUACUAUCUCCAAAAGAUUUGGGAGAUUCAAUGCAAAUAUUAAAAUGAAGAGACGGAGGAGGUUAUUGAUAAGUUCGUUUAUGUGAUUCAACAAGUCAUCAAACUUUUAUUUUCCAAACUCUCUUAUUAGAAAAAGAACUAUUUUUUUAAAUUUCUGCUGGCUUUCAAAUUUUAAGAUGAAGAAAAGACUUAAAAAUAAAAUUUGAUAAAAAUGCAAUUAGAGUAAGCUUAGUAAUUGUAAGUCAUGUAAAAAUUAGUGAAGAAAGAAACUAUUUUAAAGAAGCCAAAUGUUUAUUUGACUACAGAUUAGGAAUACUAAUAAGUUUCAACUUUAAAUUAAACAAAAUAAAUGCUAUAAAAGGAAAAUUUUACCUUUUUCUCUAAUAAAACUGAAAUUUAACAAGAUUAUAUCCCAAAAUAUUCAGUUAACAAUUAAUAAAGUGAAGAUAUUGAUAAUAAAAAAGAGACUGAUAAUAAAAAGGAAGCUAAAGCAGUGGGUAAAAAAAAAGUAUAAUUCGAGAGUAAAAAAGAAGAAAGCUCAUUCAAGACAGGUUUGAAAGAAAAGUUUAAUAAAGAAGAAAGGAAAGAAGAUUAUCUGUUAGUGUCUAUAUCCAUAAUAAAAAGAUGCAGAGAAUUUCAAUCUGUACUGUAGGCAGUAGAGUGGUUGAUAAAUACUUUUAUCGGAAAAUAUGAUUUAAUCAACUACAGAUAAAAUUUCUUUUUAAAUUUUGAAUAAAACAUAAAUGAAAUAAUUAAUCCUCAAAUAAAGUAUGAGUAAAGCUUAAAAAAGAUGGGAUUGUAAACAGAUGAAGAUCUACAAAAGUAUUAAAAAUUAGAUGAAAAAUAGAUCGAAGAAUUAUAAUAAAUUAAUUAAUCAAUAAUCUAAACAAAACCAAAAUAAGAUGAACCUUUUAAGAAAGCUCUUAUAUUUUUUGAUGAACUAAUAAUCUUAUAUGGUGAAGAGUUCUUCAAUACUCUCCUAAAUAAAACAAUUAGUGAAUUUGAUGAUGAAACUGAAAAUCUCAUCGAUACUUAUGAAGACUGA